UUCAUUUGAUUGAAAUUAAAAGUCACACACACAUAAAUAUAUGUAUUCAUAGACAUACAGACAUGGACAUGGAGAACAAUAAUCAUGCCAUGGCUGCAGGUGCUAGUAGUGAUUCUAACACUACUACUGAUCACCCCACCCCAAAAUCUUCUUCUUGUGUUAAUGAUAACAACAAGUUAUACAAAGGGGUGAGAAAGCGAAAGUGGGGGAAAUGGGUUUCUGAAAUAAGGCUUCCCAAUAGCCGUGAACGCAUAUGGCUAGGGUCUUAUGACUCUCCUGAAAAAGCAGCGCGAGCCUUCGAUGCUGCCCUUUACUGUCUACGUGGCCGCCAUGCCAAUUUCAAUUUCCCCAACACACCUUGCAACAUGGACACUACCAAUGCUCCUCACCAAUCUCUUACCCCACAAGAGAUUCAAGAGGUUGCUGCUAAUUUCGCAAACCAGGCCCCACUACUACAAAAACCUCAAGAACCAUUGGAAUACAAGUGUGAGAUGAAGGUUACCCAACAAAAAACCCCUCAACUUAGUGGGGGUGGUGGUAAUUCUUCAUCGUUUGGUUCAAAGUCGUCAUGUAAAUCAGACAGCAAACAAGAUAGUACUGGUACUAGUACUAAUACUACUUGUACCCCCACCACCACUGCCUCGUCAUGUUCUACUACUAUGUAUGAAUGUGAUGGAACGGUGCAAGUGGACCAUGGGGACAUGGAUUGGACAUUCUUGAACGUAUUUGAUUAUUCCAAUGAGGUGUUUCCUGUUGUUGGAUCCGACUAUGAUCUCCAUAAUUCUGAGCUACACAAGAUGCACUCAGGUUCAGGUGAGUUAUUGUAUUCCACUCCUUUUGAUCAGGGUUACGAACAAUUAAUUGAAGCUGAUCAUGAUGAUGAUGACCCUUUUUCUCACCAAUCAUUCCUUUGGAAUUGGAACUUUUGAUGAUAUCACUCGCUACUACGCUGCCAGAUUAUGUCUAGUUAAAAUUACUUGCCCCGGCCUAUAUAUAUGUGUGUAUAUGGUGUUGUUUCUAAGUAUACUAUAUAACAAUAACAAGGACAGGACAAGUCACCGGUUUUUCUAGUGAUAUCAAUUCCAUAGAUUAGCACAGGCUACCAAUUAAGUAUAUGCCUAGCUAGUGACCCCGGUUUUUCUAGUGCUAUCAAUUCCAUAGAUUAGCACUGGCUGCCAAGUAGCAUCCAUCGAUAGAUGUCUUACUACAUGUUUCCCCUUGGCAAUAAAAUAUUUGUACUUUAUAGGUUGUUUUAUGUAUACUGGUUAAAGUAUAUAUUUAUACCUAAGUACAUAUAUAUACAGUUAUUGAUCUGUGAUGUGUCCCUUCUCCUUUCUUUAUUUCUCUGUAAAAUUAAAUCUUAGUGUGGAUUUGCAGUGCUUAAUUCUCUUGUGUACAAAUGUAUAGCUCUAAAGUAGUCGAUUUAAUUAAGUGUGUUCUAUGUUAGUAUUUGUGGAUAAAAAGGUUAAGCAGC